GCAAAUAAGUAUCGAUUAUUACCAUACAAUUCAAAUUUAAACAUUUUUAUAGGUUAAAUUUUGAGCAGGUGUGUUCCUUCGUUUCAACUGCAGUCUGCUACAGUGGAUUGGCAGUACUGCCCAAAACGUUAUGUUCUACGUAAACCCCUUGUAAACCCUAACGUAUACGCUCAAUUGUGGACGCACCCUGAAUAAUUUAGCGAACUUUCUGUACAUAACCUACAAUGUUUAAGCGGUUGGCACUAGAUAAAUACUAAUAGAGCUGAGUUUGGAUUUUGCAUUUACAAAUCUCAAAAUGUCUAUUAAUAAAAUAAAAGUUUUAUUAUGUACCGGAGUUUCAAGUGAGACAGAUAACAAUGAAAAUCAGUAUAAAAAAUGUCUUACAGAACAUGGCUUUGAAUGUGAAAUAUUGCAAGUGCUACAUUUUGAAUUUAUUAAUCUAGAUGAUUUACGCAAUACUUUGCUUGAUUCGGAAUCUUAUAAUGGUUUAAUACUAACAAGUCCAAGAGCAGCUGCAGCUAUAGCUAUGACAAAAAUGCAAAAUCCAUUUUCCUUGGAACCAUGGCUAGAAAAAACAACAUUUUGUAUUGGUCAGGCUACAGAAUUUGUUGCAAAGGAACAAGUUGGGUUAACUAAUAUAUUUGGUUCUGAUUCUGGGAAUGCCAAGAACUUAGCUAAUUUCAUUGUACACACUAUGAAAGAAAAAUGUAAAAAGCCACUACUACUUCCAUGCAGUGAUAUUGCAAGAGAUACAAUACCACAAAUUUUAUUAAACAAUAAAAUAGAAGUAAAAAAAAUUGUUGUAUAUAAAACAAAAGCUCAUCAUUUUUUAGCAGAAGCAUUAAAUGAAGCUUUAAACCAAUCACCACAUGUUUUAGUAUUCUAUAGUCCAUCAAUUGUAGAUAAUAUGUUGAAUGCCUUAUCUAAUAAUAAGACUAUAUUUGAAAAUUUCAAAAUUAUUGCAAUUGGUCCUGUUACUGAAGAAGCUUUAGAAAAUGCAGGAAUCAAAGUUGAUGGAGUAGCUGAAAAACCAGAACCUACAUCCUUGACUGAAGUCAUACAGAAAAUCAUUUAAUUGCGAAGUUAGGUUUUGUUCAUAAUGAAGACAAAUUAUGAAGCACUGAUUACAUAUUAAUUUUUGUUUAUUUAUGUAAAUAUUUUAUACAUAUCGUAAUUUUUAUAACUUUAAUGAAUUUUAAAAUUCUCUAUGGUAAAUUGUACAUAUUUUUAAGAAUUAUACAUGCCACAUAAAUCUUAUAAAUUAAAAUGUGUAUUUUAUUUUUUGAUAAAAGCAUCAAUUCUGAAAAUA